AUGACGCGCCUCCGCAGGAAGGCUCUCGUCGCGCUCUUCCUCUUCACGCUCUUCAUCUUCGGCACCAUGAUGGGGCUCCGGACGCUCAAACCCAGCGACGGCUUCUCGGACAUGGCCCCCGGCAUGGACCUCAUCGUGGAGCGGUCCGACAGGCUGCGGCUGGACGGGAAAGACGUGGCUGCGUCGCCGGGCCAGGUCCACAUGGGCAGCAGCGACACCAAGGUGGUCUUCAGCAGGUCCGACCGAGACUACAGCAUAUUCUACGAUGUGCACAUAUUCUACUACCUGUGGUACGGCUCCCCCAGCAUGGACAACAAGUACAUCCACUGGGAUCAUGUGCUGGUGCCACACUGGGACCCCAAGAUCGCAGCCAGUCACGCUCAGGGAAGGCACACGCCACCAGAGGACGUCGCCUCAAGUUUCUUCCCUGAGCUGGGACCCUACAGCUCCAGGGACCCAACGGUGCUGGAGUCACACAUGGCCCAGAUAGAAGCGGCUGCAGCAGGGGUGUUGGUGUUGUCCUGGUAUCCUCCUGGGGUGGCCGACGACCACGGGGAGCCCACGGAGGACCUGGUUCCCGUAGUCAUGGACGCUGCCCACAGGCACAGCAUCAAGGUGGCCUUUCACAUACAACCAUACAAAGGACGGACGGACCAGAGCAUGCAUGACAACAUCAAAUACAUCACUGACAAGUAUGGAAAACAUGGCGCCUUCUAUAGAUUCCGGUCCAGCACAGGUCGGGUCCUGCCUCUGUUUUAUGUCUACGACUCCUACCUGACGCCGCCCGAGUCCUGGGCCGAGCUCCUGACAGCCAAGGGCUCCCACAGCAUCAGGGGCACACCUUACGAUGGCAUUUUCGUGGCCCUCAUCGUCGAGGAGCGCCACAAACAUGACAUCCUGGCCAGUGGCUUCGAUGGCAUAUACACCUACUUUGCCUCCAACGGUUUCUCCUUUGGUUCGUCCCACCAGAACUGGAAAGCCAUCAAGGCCUUCUGCGAUGGAAACAAUCUACUGUUCAUCCCCAGUGUCGGCCCAGGGUACGUAGACACCGCUGUUCGGCCAUGGAACAACCAUAACACCAGGAACCGGGUGAAUGGACGAUACUACGAGACAUCCCUGCAAGCAGCUCUGUCUGUCAGACCAGAAAUUGUCACCAUUACUUCCUUUAAUCAAUGGCAUGAAGGAACGCAGAUAGAGAAGGCUGUGCCCAAGAAAACAGUGACCCGUUUGUACCUAGACUACCAACCCAACCAGUCUGACCACUACUUGGAGCUAACACGUCAGUGGGCCGAGAACUUUAACAAGGAGAAAGACAAGUGGUUGAUGUGA